AUGCCUCAAAUAUUAAAACAUCGGAAAGUUAAAAAACCACAGAAGAGAGUAUUAAGUAAAAGAAGGCAUUUUUUAACUAAUUAUCAUGAAACUAGAUCUUACAAACCAUUAUGUAAACAAUUAAAAAUGAACAAUAAUUCAUUAGCAAAAGCAUUAUCUAGAGAAAAGCAUGAAUGUCAAUUAUUAUUUUCUCAAAAUGUUGCUUUAAUUGCUGAAGUGCAAAAUUUAGGUUCAGCUUGUACUAAACGUGAUGCUAUUAUAUCAAAUGUUCUAAAAAAUGCUAAAGAAAUGCUUAAAAUGCUAGUAACAAUGACUAGCUAUUUAACAAACACAAUUUCAUCUUGUCAAGAAUUUACAGAUUCUGUUGCCAAUGUGAGAAUGUCUUUUAAUUCUCCUGGAAAAAGAGAUUCAAUAAAAAGACUGUCAACAAAAUCUCCAACUAGAGGAGUGGUGAAACCUAUGGUGAGCGGUUACACCAUUACAAAACCUACCAUUAAUUUAAGUAGACUAAAUAUGCAAUAUAUUAAUAAUUCAUCAAACUUAAGUAUAAUACCAGAGGUAACAACACCACCCAGAAAUCAGGAAGGAAGCAGUUUAAGGUCUCCUCCUAAUGGAGUUUCUGAAAGACGUAAUUGUAAAAAUGGUCGCACAUACAGAAUGCCUGAAAGAUUAACUGUUACUUCACCAGAAGAUAAUGAUGAAAAUGGAAGAUUAAGCGAAAGAAGUAAUAGACAUUCUGGAAGAAUUUCAGGAAAGCUCUCAAAAUCAAAAUCAAGAUUGUCAAGGAAUAGCAGCUCAAGAAACAGCAGUUCGAGAAAUAGUAAUUCGAGGAAUAACAGUUCGAGAAAUAGCAAUUCUCGAUAUAGUAUUGAAAAUUUUGAGCAUAUAGGAAGUCCUAGAGUAAAACUUAAUGAUGUAUCGAAAUUAUUGCAAAAUUCUCAUACUAUUAAUAUUCGUAUGUUAACAGAGAAUCAAAAUAAUCAAGAAAUUAAUACAUCAAAACAUAUUUGUGAUAUGAAUCUUGAAGAUUCUCAAACACAAAUUAUACAAGAAAUGUCUUCUUCUAAUGAAUCCGAACAAAAUAAUGAUGAAAAGAUUGAGAGCAAAGAUGAACAGAGCAAUAAUGAGUUGGAUACUACAGAUCGAAAGGAGAAAAAAAUUAAUGAAACAAAAAACUGUACAUCAAAUUGGGAAGAUCCUCUUGAAGGACCAAGUUGGUUAUUUAACAAUUCUCAAGUCGUGCCUUCUGUGACUAAUAAAAAUAAUAAGACUGAUAAUAUAAAUAUUUCUAAUGAAGAUAUUAUGAGUUUAACAGAAUCGAGCGAUAUAUUCGAUGAAGAAAAAACUAUGUCUAUGUCGAUUACACAUUCAAGUCAGUUGUAUAACUCUAACGACAGUAAAGUAAAUGAUGAAAAUGAAUUUGACAUGUCUCAACAGAAUAAAAAUAAUACUUUUCGUAAUGUAUCGCUACUGACAGGUGCAAAUGAAGAUGAAUAUAAAUCUCAAAAUGCAUCUACAAUGAAUUUACAAAAUUUUGUGACACAAAGAAGAGGCUAUUUUGAAAGUGAAGACGAAGAUGAUUUUACCUUGAUUUACACGCAACGUCCAUGUAAUAUGAAUUUCGACAUAAAUGAUUUAAAAUUACCAGUUUUGGAACAGUCUACUUUAAAACCAAAUAUCACAGUUGAACCAGAACCAGAAAUAACAACCACUCUUCGAAAAAUAUCCCAGAUUUAUCCAAUUCCAUCUGUUUCGCACAAUACUUUAGAUGAAUCUGAGUUUAACGAGUCUACCGUAAAACUGCCAUUACUUGUGAAUGAUUAUGAUAAUAAAGAGAUGACUAUUAAAAAAAAAUCCAGAUCUUCAAGACAAAAAAAAGUGAAAAUAAUUCAGACACAAUGUAAUGAUUUUGUUGAGACACCAUUAUUAAAUAAAAAUAAUUGUCAGAAGAAAAAGAAAGAUAAAUUUGUGAAAGAUCCAAGUGCUGUUAAAGUAGUAUUGCAAAAGUUGGAUGAAUUCGAUGUUAAAUCAAAUGAAAUAUUGUCUCUCAAUUCCAAUCAAUCUUUAAAUUCUGUACCUUCUCGCUCUAAUUCAAGUGACUCGGAAAGUAAUUUGAGUGUCAGUAGCUCUUAUAGUCGUCCUAGGAGAAAACGUGUUCCAAUCAAUUUUCAUGAACCUAGUUUGAAAAAAAAAUUACGAAGGAAUCAAUAAUUAUACUAUGAUAUUUUUCCAUACUCGAGGAAUGAUUGAUAAAACACAAUAAUGUGUUUUUAAAGUACAUCGACGUUCCCUUUCAUGUAAAUAAGUUAUUGGUGCAUAUAAUAAAUAUUAUUAAACAAAAAUUUCCAAAAAAUAGAGAAAUUGAUUUUACUAAAUAUUUAUAAGUGUAAAACAAAUUAAUACUUAGAACCAUUUUGCUUCCAUUGUUGCGCACAGUUUUGUUGUACACAGCUAUUGUUAAUUAUUCACAUAAAAUCGGCUUGCUUUGACGUAGUCAUAGCCUCGAUGAUUUUGACUUCCUCUUGUAGUAUUGUUCGUAUAUUGUACUUUUUGUAUACUUAACUAUGUUUUAAUGAGUAAAUAAAUAUUUAAAAAUAU